AUGGAGGCAGCAGAGCGGCCGACAAAGAUGCGAAAGCUGAACGCUGACGCUGAGCCGACUGCAGUCCCCCAAGAUACACGAACACCAGACCAACCACUUUUGUCCGGCGUCGAAGUCAAUGGUGCAGUUGUUCCCAGCACCGAGACUGCGAACGGAUCCAAGCCGGCUGAUGAGGCUGCUUCCCACAAUGCCGAUGUUGCAAAUGGACAAGAGAAUGUCGAACGUGAGGACUCAGAAACAGAGGAGCAUAGCCAGAACCAGAACGAAGAACAGGAUCAGGAGUCAAAGACUACGAGUACAGACCCGGCACAACAGGACGGGCAGCCCUUGUCCAAGAACCAACUGAAGAAAUUACGCAAGAAACAAGAAUGGGAAGCGGGCCGCGAGUAUCGUAAGUUGAAGAGGAAGCAGAAGAUGCAGGAGAAACGGGCGAGAAAGCGUGAAGCCAGAGAAGGCGGCGGCGAGCAAAACCCAACAUCAGACGCCGGUACUGUGCAGCAGCAGAAUCAGAGAAAGAAACCCCGCAAACCGGUCCAACUUCCCAUCACCAUAAUCAUCGACUGCGGCUUCGACGGCUUGAUGAUAGAGAAGGAGCGCAUAUCCCUCGGAUCGCAGAUCACGCGGUCAUACUCUGAUAACUCGCGGGCUCCUUUCCAGGCCCAUCUGGUGAUCAGUUCCUGGGGCGGCCACUUGAAAAAACGGUUCGAUACCGUUCUGAAUAAGCAUUACCUGAACUGGCGGGGAGUGACGUUUUUGGAAGAAGACUUCGUCGAGGCCGCCAGACGCGCGGAUGAGAUUAUGAAAGGGCCAAGGGGUGGAAAAUUGGUGGGUGUCUUUGAGAAAUACGCUGCUGCUGCUGCUGGUGUUCAGUCCAAUCGUCUGGAGGACCGUCAGCAAGCCGAGCACGUGGACCAAAGACAAACACACCCCAACCUCGAGUCUGACACCUCCAAACCAGCCGAGACUGAGCAUGAGGCUGAGGGUGAUCCUGCAGCUGCAGUUGACUCCAAGGUCACAGAAGAUACUAUUGCAAACCCACCUCCAACCUCAUCAUCAUCCUUACAGGACGACUCGCACCAGACGUCUCAACAGGAUCCUGCACUUGAAUCAGCCCAGAAAGAUACCCAACCAUCGACGGACUCGACAACACCAGCACCCACUGAUUUACCCCCGCAGCACCACCACCCUCCCAUCCCUAAAGGCGAAGUAGUCUACCUAACCUCCGAUUCUCCCGACACAUUGACCGAGUUAUCCCCCUACUCAACCUACAUCGUCGGCGGCCUGGUCGACAAGAACCGCCACAAGGGCAUCUGCUACAAGAUCGCCCGUGAAAGGGGGAUCAAGACGGCCAAGCUUCCCAUCGGCGAGUACAUGGAGAUGCAGUCGCGCAAAGUGUUGGCCACGAACCAUGUCGUUGAGAUCAUGGUGCGGUGGUUGGAAUGUGGCGAUUGGGGAGAGGCGUUUUUGAAGGUCAUUCCGAAGCGGAAGGGUGGGAGGUUGAGAGGAGACCAUGAUGAACGGACCGUCGACAGUAGCGUUGCUGGCGAUGAAGAGAGGGAAGACGAGGAUGACCAUGAGGAUGAAGAUGUAGAUCACGACAACGACAACCGCAACGGGGCUGCUGCAGAUGGUGCUAAUCAUGGCAACGAGGCCACUGAGCUUGAGCCACAGGUGGAAAAUCAGGAUUGA